AUGGCCCGCUGUUUUGUAGCCCAGGCUUUGCACCAAGUCCAAUCACAAGGGCUGGCCCGGGCAGCCGCAGAAGCAAAGGCGAAAUGGGGUGAUGGCGGUCAGCUUACCUUUUGCCUUUUGAACCUCAUGUUCGACGAAACAGAGCUCGAAGUAGCCUUGGAGGAUUUUGGUCCUGGUGAUUGGUCCAUCCUAGCAUCUCAUGCACAAGUGAGCUAUGGUGGCCCAGAUGGUGUGCAGGAUCUUGAUGUCAUCAGAAAUCCUCAAGCGUUGCUGGAUAAAACAGCAGAAACGAUGUUUGCUUCAUUGAGCCAAGGGCCUGGUGGCCUCAGGCCUGGUCCAGAUGCUGCUAGUGCCAAAUUUCGCUGCACGAUGGUGACUUGCGACGCUUUUUCAGCUAACUUGAGACUUCUGAGGCAUUUGAAUUACACUUUAGAGGAGAACCACAUGCUCCUCCCGACGUUGUGCGCGCAGCACCGGAAUGGUAAUGUUGUGGAGCGAGCAACAAAGCUGCUGGGCAUUUUGCCAGGUUCCUUUGCUGUCGCCAAAACUCUGCAGAAAGGUAAGGUUAUGCAAAAAGUGUCCGAGAAGAUCAAAGCCAUGCUGGCAAGAAGGCUUGUGGUUCUUGAUGCCGUGCCAGCUGACUUACUCCAGGAGUGGAGCGAUGUGAAGGUUGCCCAGCGCAGUUUCUUGGAGCUGGUCAUGGCCACCAGCAUGGAGCAGGCCUCUGUGCCAGGUCGCCGCCAACAAGCUGCCAAUGACUUCCUGGACUUCUUUGCUGUUUCCAGACCCAGACCUUCUUGUCCCAUGCCGGGCAUUGACAUGGACUCUCUGGACGGUCUUUUCAAGAAGGCGCGGCGUGAAGGGCUGUCCAAGCUGUUUCUGCGUGACGACCAGAGGCGGACAGCUGCCCGCGGCCUCUGGCCUGGUUCAAAAAUGGACAAGUUUGGCUUCAAAGUCGCCAUGGACAAGAUGUUCCGGAUGCUGGUGUGUGACACUUAUGGCGGCGUGGAGGUGACCAGAGUCGCUCGCCAAGCCUACAACCAAAGGCACCCUUUGCAUGUCAUUCUGGACGCAGAGUUCUUGGGAGAAGGGAGUGGCUAUGGAAAGCUGUUCCUGGGUGGAGAGAAUGCCUCCACAGAUCCAGCAGCGCUCUCAGCCAACAACAUCUCUGUGAUUUGGCCAGCUUGCAGGACCCCGAAACCUGUGGACUCCUUGAGUGUCCAGGUCCUGGAGUGUAUUGACGGCACCGGGGUUUGCAAUGGAAGCUACGACAUGCAGCGUGUGGUUGAGGUCUUGGACCAGGUCUGGGAUGCCUUGAGGGCAGGCAAGAAUGUUUUGAUUUCUUGCCGCAACGGAGCACACCGCAGCGCCACACUACUUGUGUUGGUGUUGAUGAGAGGUUUGGGCUGGGAAGCAGAAGUUGCUGGCCAGUAUGUGGCGACUCUGCGCAACAUAGUCGACCUUGAGUCAACGCCUCCAAGAUCGCAGUUUAGGAUGUCGCCAGUGAAGCCCAUCACCUUCCUGGCCACCGUCCAGGUGGCUGCAACACCUUUGUUUCUGGUUGCAGGCAAUGAGCUUGUCAGCCCCCUCAACUUCAGGCGCAGGGCCCUCGAGGCAGGUUUUGAAACUGUGAAGCCUGACCUCUCUGUGCCAGCAGGCCUAGAGCCCAGUCCGCCUGUGCAGGGCGAGGCUGCUUCUGAAGCUGAGUCCUUCACGAUGGUCUUUGAGAAGCGUCGGAGUGAUGCAGCGGCAACUUCUGCUUCUGAAUGGGAAAAGAUUGAGCCUGCAAGCAAGAAGAGCCGUGCCGCCUCUGGCGAGGGUUCUCUGGACACAGAUCAUGAGACUGAGCGUGAUGAUGGUGCUAACUCGAUGCGCCCAAGCAGCUGUCUGCAGGACCAGCGCUUGCAGUCUGACUUUGCCAACCAGGUUCUGAAAUCUGUGCUCAACAGCCAUGGAGAGGCCCAGUGCAUGCAGUUGCUGGAGCAGGCAACCCCUGCAAGUGUCAUGGACAUCCGUGAUGCCAACGGCCUGACAGUACUUCACCACGCCAUUCGCCAAGGCAAGGAGCUGGUCUUUGACCGUGUCUUGGAGAUCAACCCGAACUUGGCAGACCAAAUUACCAACUGCGAUGGCCGACCAGCGCACUGGUCCACACUUAUGCUGUUGGUUGACACUAAGAUUCGGGCUCUGGGUGAGGAGAAGUACUUUUACUUCUUGCGCCGCUUGCUCCAGACAUGCUCCUGUCAGACCAUGCAGGCCAGGUCCACCAACGGUUCCACUGUGCUUCAUGCAGCUGGUUCCAAAGGCUUGUUUCAGGUUCUGAAGCUUUUGCUCUGGGGCCUCUACGACAAGGCAGGCGCUACCGAGCGGGCCUUUGGCCUUGUCAGGUCGCUUGUGAAUUCUCCUGGAGGCCCGCGAAACGCCGGUGUGGUGGACGCACGCCUGAGCUGCAAUGUGGAACUGGCGAUGUAUGUGAAGAGGUACUGGGGCGGCGUUGAGCUCUUGGACGCUCCAGUCUGGGUUUGGGACCAAGGCUACCGGCGCAGAGUGGACCCGUAG